AUUAAAUCUAUAUAAAGGACGCCAGGGCACGCAAAUUCAGAUAUACCUAUUCAUUCCACGUUAGUCACAAAAUCAAACAACAGAUGAGUGAUAAAAUUCGUAGAAUAGCAUGUUCCUCAGAGAUCUUGGUGAUGAGAGAAAUUUCAUUGCCAAAGGCAUCAAUUACUAUCUAGGCGUGAUACAGUUUCUUAAUCACUGGAAGGGGAGUGGGUAGUGCAAGAGGGUGGAGUAGUUGACAACAUACCGAAAGAGCACGAUCUUGGUCGCGGGCUGGUGUUAUGUUAAAAGUGUUGAUAGGAGUGAUAUCUGCCAAGUCUUUUGAGAUGUCAGCAGGAGGACUCUCAAGUCAAUUUCGGACGACUUCGACAACCCCGACAUUUCGACAACAAAUUCCCACCCCUCGUCCUUCCGGAGUAGCCCUCGCCAUGGCCGAUAUCGAUGUCACGAUUGCUCAGUGGAAGCUGGUUGAGGUUGGCCGCGUUGUGCUGAUCCGCAGCGGUCCCUUCACCGGCAAGCUCGCUGCCAUUGUUGAGAUUGUCGACCACAGACGUGUUCUGGUUGAUGGUCCCUCCACCGAGGAGAAGAAGAUCGUCCCCCGCCACGUCGUUCCUCUCGCUCACGUCACCCUCACUCACUUCGUCAUCCCCCAGCUGCCCCGCGCCGCCGGCACUGGCCCCGUGAGAAAGCUCUGGCAGAAGAACGAGAUCGAUGGCAAGUGGGCCAAGUCCAGCUUCGCCCAGAAGACUGAGCGCGUCGAGCGGAGGAAGAACCUGACCGACUUCGAGCGCUUCAAGGUCCUCAGACUCAGGAAGCAGGCUCGCUACGAGGUCCAGAAGGCUCACGCCAAGAUCAGGGCGGCUGCUCCUAAGUCAUAGACGGUUUAUGAGGCUCGGUGCAUAGUGUGACAGGGUGCCUUGGGACGGUUUAUUUGCUGAGGGUUUAAUUUAUUUCAGCAAAAAAUUCGCUGUACGCAUUAUUGACAGCAUAAAAUGAUUCAAGAACCUUUGAUAUCCUGACCUGGGUUAUCCUCGUACGUCAUGAAAGAUGAAAGGCGGCUCGGAACGGCUUUCAAUUUAGUAUAUGGCAAUGGUAUCUCUGGGUAUUAAUGCUCUUGACACGAUAAAGCGGGUCAGUCAGCCUCCUAGAUGAAUCCAGUCAACAGACACAUUUUUCCC